UUUUGGCAUGUUUUUGAGGAGUAAGUCGUGAGAUUUAAAGUGAAGAGACCAAUGAAAAUCAUGAAACAUUCUUCAAGUGAUUUGAGAAACGUUCAAUUUAACAUGUCUUAUUUUAACUUUUCUUCUAAAAUAAAAUGUGUUUCGAUGGCCAAAAAAAAAAUGUAGAGAGGAAUUCAUUAUUGGAUUUAUGUGGUCAAGGACAUGGAUAGGAAGUAAGAUGCUUAAAUCAGUUUGUAGACAUAAUGUUUUAGUUUUACCAACCUCCUAUAAUAGUUGGUUUGAAAAUGAAACUCUUGGAAACAAGAAUAGUCAGUUUGUUGAUUAUUAAAGAUUUCUGAAUAUGAAUGGUAAAAAGCAACAAGAAAGGAAAUCUGUCAGAUUCAGCGAGCAUUCAUUUGUUCAAACCACCAUCAAGUCUGGUCAACGGUCAAUCCUACGAAAAUAUUUGACCGGCACCUGGCGUUUUAUAUUGUUGUGGCCUUCGUAUUGUUACCUGCAGCAGUGGGUGGACGAGGACAUUCCCCUGGCAUUAAAUUUGAGUGAGACGAACAGCAAUAAAUCUCAAACUUAUAGUUUAAGUUUAUAUUAUUUUUGGGAGUAAAUGGAUGAACAACUGAGGUUGCUAAAAGUGAUUGUUGUGCAAGGGAAAAGAUUAGUGAUCCGGGAUUUCAAGAGCAGUGACCCUUAUGUUGUUGUCAAGCUGGGGGAUCAGACAGCAAAGACCAGGGUCAUCCAUUGUUCCUUGAAUCCGGUUUGGAAUGAAGAGCUGAGUUUUACUCUGACUGAACCUUUUGGACUUCUGAAUUUGGAAGUGUUUGACAAAGAUUAUCUGAAGGCUGAUGACAAGAUGGGGAGUAGUUAUCUGAAUCUUCAACCAUUGAUGUCUGCAUCUAGAUUAAGAGAUAUUUUAAAGGUGUCAUCUGCCUCUGGUGAGACAACAUUGAGGAAGGUGACAGCAGACAGUGAAAAUUGUCUUGCCCGUGAAAGCAGUAUCAGUUGUGUUAAUGGUGAAGUGGUACAAAAUGUUUGGUUAAGGCUUCGUGGGGUUGAAUCUGGGGAGCUACAAUUGACUAUCAAGUUGAUCACUUCCUCAAAUUAAUCUAUAUUGCAUCUUUCCUUACUCUUUUCAUUAUCUCUUCCUAUUGCUUCCAUUCCCUUCUAUUCAUAGAUAUAUAAUAUUCCAAUGAAAUUGUUUGCAUUCUCUUGUAUUGGAUCACAGAUUAGUGGAUGAAAAACUAGUUACUUUACUCUUCUUAUAUUAGCUUUCAACACUUC